GAGGAGCAUGAGGUUCUAGGGCGCGAGGGAAGCGGCUAGCGGGGGCGAGGGGGCGUGCACGUGAAUAGUCUGGCCGGAUCUCUGGCAUGGCCGAGGCCAGGAAGCGGCGGGAGCUGCUUCCCCUCAUUUACCAUCAUCUGUUGCAAGCAGGCUACGUCCGCGCGGCGCGGGAAGUGAAGGAGCAGAGCGGCCAGAAGAGUUUCCUGACUCAGCCUGUCACCCUUCUGGACAUUUAUACACACUGGCAACAGACCUCAGAGCUUGGCCAGAAGCAGAAGGUAGAGGAUGAUGAGACACUGCAAGCUAAGAAGUCUCGAGUGUCAGACCCCAUUAGUAGCUCAGAGAGCUCGGAGGAGGAGGAAGAAGAAACAGAAACCGAAACUGCCAAAGCCACCCCAAAACCAACUCCUGCCAAUUCUGCAGCCGCAGCUUUGCCAUCGAACGUGAAAGAAAAGGCAAAGACCAAGACAGCCAACAAGACAGUGAACUCUGUGCUGCACCCUGCGUCCGGAAAGACAGUGGUCCACCUGCUCUCUGGGAAGUCACCUAAGAAGUCAGCAGAGCCCUUGGCAAACACUGUCUUGGCCUCAGAAACUGAGGAGGAGGGCAGUGCCCAAGUCCUUGGAUCUACUGCCAAACCUGGAACGGUGUCAACGGGCCAAGCCAGCAGUUCCAGUGAAGAUACCUCCAGCUCAAGUGAUGAGACAGAUGUGGAGGUGAAACCCUCAGCAAAACCACCCCAGGCCAAAGCUGUAGCAGCCCCUGCCAAGGAUCCCCCAGCAAGAACAGCCCCAGGCCCUACCAAGUUAGGGAAUGUGACGCCCACACCGACUAAACCAGCAAGGGCUGCAGCAGCUGCAGGAGAGUCCGAGAGCAGUGAGGAGGACUCGGAGGAGAGCGAGGACGAGGCCCCUGCUGCUCUGCCCAGCCAGGUAAAGGCGCCUGGAAAAGGUCUUCCUGUCAGAGCCAGCUCGGUGUCUGCCAAGGGGAUCUCUGGAAAAGGGCCCAUCUCAGCAACCCCAGGGAAGACUGGGUCCAUAGCCACCCAGGCCAAGGCAGGAAGGCCAGAAAAGGAUAUGGAAACCAGCAGCGAGGAUGAUUCUGACAGUGAGGAUGAGAUGCCAGUCGUUGUGACCACUCCUCAGGCAAGGCCUUCUGGGAAGAGCCCUCAGGUCAGAGGUACCUCAGCCCCUGGCAAGGAGUCAUCCCAGAAAGGGGCUCCUGCAGCCACCCCUGGGAAGGCAGGGCCUGUGGCAACCCAGGCCCAGGCAGGGAAGCUGGAGGCCAGGAGCAGUGAGGAGUCAGAAAGCGACAGUGGGGAGACACCAGCGGCUGGAACUUUGACCACGAGUCCUGCCAAGGUGAAACCUUUGGGGAAAAGCCCCCAGGUCAGACCUGUUUCCACUGUAAGCCCUGGGUCAUCGGGAAAAGGCGCCAACCUGCCUUGCCCUGGGAAGGUGGGGUCAGCAGCUCUCAAGGUCCAAAUGGGAAAGGAAGACAAGAAGGACUCAGAGAGCAGCAGUGAGGAGUCAGACAGUGACGGGGCUGUGAGCCCAGCCAAGGCAAAGCCCCCAGGGAGAAAGGCCACCCCUGCACUCCCUCAGAAGGCGGGGCCUGUGGCCACCCAGGUCAAGACUGACAGAGGCAAAGACCACUCAGAGAGCAGUGAGGAGUCGACUGACAGCGAAGAGGAGGCAGCACCAGCAGCCUCUGCUGCUCCGGCCAGACCAGGUCUGGAAAAGCAGAUGAAAGCUUCCCCUAGGAAAGGCACAUCUGCUUCGGCUACAGGAGCGAGCAUCUCGCCCCAUUGUAAGACAGGAACGAUGACCUCUUCAGCCAGCCUGUCAUCCCUCGCUCCGGCCAAGGGCACCCAGACACCAGAUGUGGACUCUUCUAGUGAGUGGGAGUCAGAAGGAGCUGCUCCCGCCACCCCCAAGGUACAGGAGAAGUCUGGGGGCAAGGGCCUCCAAGGGAAAGCUGCCUCAGGACAAGGGAUGGCCCCGGUGCACACUCAGAAGACAGGGCCUUCAGUUACCCAGGUCAAAGCGAUGGCUCAGGAAGACUCGGAGAGCAGCGAGGAGGAAUCCAGCAGCGAGGAAGAGGAUGAGACCCCAGCACAGGCCACACCCUUGGGGAGGCUUCCUCAGGCCAAAGCCAACCCACCUCCCAGUAAGACACCUGCAGCGUCUGCAUCUGGAAAAGUGACCGCCGUGGUUGUUCCACCCAAGGGAAAACCACCUGCGAGUACUGUUCAGAACAGCACCAUCUCUGCAAGGGGCCAGCAGUCUGUGCCAGCCUCAGGAAAAGCAGGGGCCCCAGCAACCCAAGCACAGAAGGGGCCUGUGGUUGGCGCAGGGGAGGACUCAGAGAGCAGCAGUGAAGAGGAGUCUGACAGUGAAGAAGAGACGCCAGCCCAGAUAAAACCUGUGGGGAAGACCUCUCAGGUCAGAGCUGCCGCAGCCCCUACCAAGGAGUCUCCUAAAAAAGGAGCCCAUCCAAGAACCUCCAGGAAGACAGGGCCUCCAGCUACCCAGGCCCAGACGGGGAAGACUGAGGACUCAGAGAGCAGCAGUGAGGAAUCUGACAGUGAUGGAGAGAUGCCGUCAGCCAUCAUCCCAGCCCAGGAUGGUAUCUCCCAACCUACCAGAAGCAAAGCCUCAGGCCCAGCACCCCCAGAGAAGAGUGUAGAAGGGUCCUCAGAAAGCAGCGAUGAGGACCUGCCAUCUGCCCAGGCAAUUAAAUCUCCUCCAGUUUCUGUCAAUCCUGCUCGUGGUCCAGCUGUCCCAGCUCCCACCCCAGGACAAGUCCAGGCCGUGAACACCAGGAAGGCCCAGGCCUCAGGCGGCACUGCCCAGAGCUCCUCCUCUGAGAGUGAGGACGAGGACAUGAUUCCUGCCUCGCAACCCUCCACCCAUGCCAUCAGAACCAAUGUGUCAACUCCUGCAGCCCUCCCACGAACAGCCCCCCAACCCAGCAAGAGUGAGCAGUCUAGUCGGAUGCCAAAAGACAAGAAACCAAAGGCAGCGUCCACUCAGAUCAGCAGUGCAGUGGAAACACUGCCCGUGACACCUCCCCAGAGCACGCCUGUCCAGCCCAAAGCUACCAACAAGCUCGGGAAACCCAAACUUCCUGAAAAGCAACAGCUUACCCCAGGCUAUCCCAAAGCCCCCAAGAGCUCAGAGGACAGCAGUGACACCUCUUCAGAGAGCGAGGAGGAUGGCAAGAGACCCCAGAUGUCCAAGUCGGCCCACAGGCUAGAUCCAGAGCCUUCCCAGAAGGAAAUUGUGGUAGAGGAGACCCCCACAGAAUCCAGCGAAGAUGAGAUGGUGGCCCCCUCACAGUCUCUCCUCUCAGGUUACGUGACUCCCGGCUUGACCGUGGCUAAUUCCCAGCCUUCAAAAUCCACUCCUAGGCCAGACUCCAACCCCUUGGUUUCCUCUGCUCCAGCCACCAAAGAUAACCCGGACGGCAAGCAGAAAUCAAAAUCCCAGCACUCAGCAGACACCACUGUCCCUAAAACCGGUAAGAAAAAGGCCUCCUCAGGCCCCACACCUGAAAAGCCCAAGAAACCCAAGAAGAACACCUUGAGCUCCACAGCCCCCGCACAGACUCUGCCGAACAGCAUCACCCAGCGCCUCCUGGAGCAGCCCUGGCCCCUGAGCGAGGCGCAGGUGCAGGCCUCUGUGAUGAAGGUCCUGACAGAGCUGCUGGAGCAGGAAAGGCAGAAGGUCACAGAGGCCAUCAAGGAGAGUGGGAAGAAGGGCCAGAAGCGAAAGCUAUCGGGGGACCAGCUAGAAGCUGGGACACCAAAGAGCAAGAAGAAGAAGAAGAAGCAGCUGGUGGCUGGGGCAAGUGCUAUUUCCCCAGAAAAGACCCCCAGGACUUCCAAGGCAAAAUCAAAGCUAGACAAAGGGAGUGCUGGUGGCAAGGAGAAGGGGUCCCCUGGCCCCCAAGGAGCCAAGGAGACGCCCAAAGGUGACCUGGGGAUGAAGCUUGAGAGUGGAGAGCAGAGCAUCCCGAAGGACAGGAAAGAAAAGAAGAAAUCCAGUAAGAAAAAAAAAGACAAGGAAAAAAAGGAAAAGAAAAAAGGAAAAAAGACCCCAGCCAAAGACCCUGCCUCACCGGUCCCGAAGAAGAAAAAGAAGAAGAAAAAGACAACCGAGCCUGCUGUGUGAGGGCCAGCGCAUAGAACAGAGUCUUGGCAGAGUGUGACUGUCCCCGGGCCUCUGACCUCUGGCCAGUGUGAAUUGGGACUGGACUUUUUAACUUGCCCUCCCUCAACAAGAU